ACAGUCACUCACUCUCUCACACAAUCUGCCCUCCUGCAACUCCCAGCAGCAGUCAACCCAGCAGAACCUGCAGCUCCACUGAUCCCUCUGACUUUUGCUCCGCUUCACUUCCGAAGACUCAGGAACUGUAAAGGACUCUAUCUUUUGUCUUUUUUUCUGAGAACGGAGGAUUUUUUUCUUUCCCACUGCAGCAUGGAGACCACCACCGGGGAAUAUGGUUAUAACUAUGACUAUUAUGAUGACAAUGAGACCGCCUGUGACUUCUCAGAGUGGGAGCCCUCUUACUCUCUCAUACCGGUCCUCUACAUGCUCAUCUUCAUCCUGGGCCUGUCCGGUAACGGUGUGGUCAUCUUCACCGUUUGGAGAUCCAAAUCUAAGCGCCGGGCUGCAGAUGUCUACAUAGGGAACCUGGCCAUUGCUGACCUCACCUUUGUUAUAACCCUGCCUCUGUGGGCCGUGUACACGGCGCUAGGCUACCACUGGCCCUUCGGCGUGGCCCUGUGCAAGAUCAGCAGCUACGUCGUUCUGGUCAACAUGUACGCCAGUGUUUUCUGCCUCACCUGCCUGAGCUUUGACCGCUACCUGGCCAUCGUGCACUCUCUGUCCAGCAGCAGGCUGCGCUCCCGGGGCACCAUGCUGGCGUCCCUGGCUGCUAUCUGGGUCCUGUCCGGCCUGCUGGCUGUGCCCACGCUGUUCUUUCGCACCACCCUGAACGACCAAAGCAGCAACCGGACCACCUGCGCAAUGGACUUCAGCCUGGUCACCUUGAACCAGAAGCACGAGUACCUCUGGAUCGCUGGGCUCAGCCUGUCCUCCUCCGCCUUGGGUUUUCUCCUGCCUUUCUUGGCCAUGACCAUCUUCUACUGUUUCAUCGGCUGCACCGUCACGCGCCACUUCAACAACCUGCGCAAGGAGGACCAGAAGAAGAAGCGACUGCUGAAGAUCAUCACCACGCUCGUGGUCGUGUUCGCCUUCUGCUGGACUCCCUUCCACAUGCUGAAGAGCAUAGAUGCCCUCUCCUACCUGAACCUGGCUCCGAGCUCCUGCGGCUUCCUGCGCUUCCUGCUUCUGGCUCACCCCUACGCCACCUGCCUGGCCUACGUCAACAGCUGCCUCAACCCGUUCCUGUACGCCUUCUUCGACCUGCGCUUUCGUUCCCAGUGUCUGUGCCUGCUCAACCUGAAGAAGGCCAUGCAUGGCCAGAUGAGCUCCAUGUCCUCCACGCUCAGCGCCCAGACUCAGAAGUCAGAGAUUCAGUCUCUGGCCACCAAGGUGUAGAGGGUAAAAGGAAAGGUGGAGCGUGGCCGGUACCAGCUCCGACCCCCUGGAACACUUGUAAAAAAAAAAAAUUACUUUAUGUGUCCGUUGUUCAAAGCUGGUGAGCUGAGAUGAUGAACUUUCACUCUUCACAGUAAUGAAAUCCAUAAUGUGUUCUUCCUGUAUACAGCAAAGGAGGGAUGAUGUGUUUGUAGUGUGGAUUUAAAGCUGGAGUCAGCGGGCUGAGCUCCUUGGCUGCUUUGUUCCUCAGAUUCUCAGAGAAAAAAGUAUAUUUUUUGUUUUGUCCUGUUCUGCAGUCCUCAUUUCUAUCAGGGAAAUGUGACAAAAUUAUGAUUUUAGAAACACACACUGUUUUUAAUUUACACAAAUAAAAUGUGUUUACACUGGAUGAAACAUAAAGCUGUACAGUAUUUUCAUACCAUAGCAUUGUUUUUCUUGUUCAGAUCUAUUGCUGUUUUGUUUUAGAAGCACUUGUCAAAAGGAUAUGUGAGCAGGGAACUUAAAUAAAGUGGUGUCCUCUUAAAAGUGUCUUGUUUUGAAGGUCUGCAGGGGUGGUGGGGGGGGGGGGGGGUAAGCGGAGAAAAGGUGUUGCGGCUUAAUUAUAUAGUUUGUUGAGAGGAGACAGGGGGCAGACAGGCAGAUGGCAGUUGACAAAUGUUGUUGGGGAACAGGAACGAGCGGGUGGAGGCGUUUCACAGUGUACUCACAGCACUAAAAGAGGACAAAGGAACUCUGUAAAUAAAUGUUCCAAUUCGAUGUAUAUGUUUUAUUUUUCAACAUCACUGUAACUAACUACUGUAAUAAAAAAUGUGUUCUAUGAA